AUGACGACAAAUCAGUGCAAAAAGCAACCAUUGCUUCUCAUCACCUAUCCACGCUCGGCCUCGAAUCUCUUGAUGAGGAUCCUCAGCUUGCCCGACCAGCAAGAGGCCGUCUCUAGAGAGAGCGGAGGCUACUUUUUCUUUCCAGCGGCGGUCAGGAUGAACGAUGCUGGGCUGCUGCGUCGACCACGCACGGAGUGGAGCGAGAGUGAGAAUGAGGAGCUGCGUCAAAAGUACCAGUCCUGUUAUGACAAGCUCCAGCAACUGCUCGACGAGGCUGACCAGCAAGGCAAGAUGGCUGUGACAAAGGAACAUGCGCCCUUCAUCAUGUCGCCUGAAGCCGUGUCUGGCUUUCUUUAUGGAAUUCAGGACGAUGUUGUGCCUUGGAAAGUUAAAGUGCUGGAGCGAUACCGCGUCGCCAGCCGUCCACCUGGCCUGCAGCCCAAUCCCUCUGCGCUGCCAGAUGAGUUUUUGCUACAGUGCACCCCUGCGUUUCUUAUUCGACAUCCUGCUUUGGCAUUUCCUUCGUAUUAUCGAGUCAAUCUGUCAUUCUGUGGCGGCGACAUGGCCAAGUUGGAGAAGGAAAGGGUGCCCUACGUUGCCAUGGCCUGCACCCUUCGCUGGACGCGGCAGCUCUACGACUGGUACGCAGAGGCAUGGACAGCGCAGGGGCGUCAAGCCAAGAAACCUAUUGUUCUGGACGCCGACGACAUGCUUCAAAGCUCUUUGGUCAUUCUGCGCUUUUGCGAUCUGGUUGGCCUAGAUCGGGACAAGGUCAAGUUUCACUGGGAUCCUGUGAGCAAGGAAGAGCGAGGCGGAGUGAGCGCCGUGACGCGCCAGACACUACACUCGUCAUCGGGCAUCACAAAGGGAAAAUCGUUUCAAGGCCUGACAAUCGAAGGCGAGGCGGAGAAGUGGAAGGCAGAGUUUGGCGAGCUUGUCGGGAACAGAAUUGAAGGCUGGGUCCGGGCGGCCAUGCCUGAUUAUACCUAUCUUGUCGGGAAGAAACUACACGCCAGCUCUGAAUAG